AGUCAAGUUAUCAACUUUUGUUUUUGUUUAAUAUUUUAAUAAUUUCAUGAAAAUUCCAAGUUGUCAAAUAUAAAUUAAAAAUAUAAUGUAAAAAAGGAAUGACAGUUUUGUGUAAACUUUCUGCAUAUUGGCGAUAAAAAUCAUACAUCAACCGACUAGUAUGGAUAGUGUAACACAGUAGAUUUGAAAAUAUGACAACAGAAAUAAAUCAGGCUACUGAAGAAAGUAAUGAAAUUUCCUAUUCCAAGAAUCCUACAUCCAGUCCUUCUUCUUCUUCAGCUCCUUCAGCAGCAUGUAAUGAAUUCAAAGAAAACGUUGUCCCAUUGGUUAGAUUAUUAAAAACAAGUCAAAUGAAAGCUCGGACCAGUCUGCCUACUUGCAAUAAUAAUUCAUACAGUUUCCCUAAUAAUCAUAAAAUCACUUAUUUUGGUUACUAUAAUUACUGAAUUAGCCAAUUUACCGCUCAAAGUGAGUACAAACGUUUUAGCAGUAGAGAUUUACAGGUUCCUGUACAACGUACUUACAGAGAAUGUAUGCAUUAUGCAUUAGCUGAAUGGAGAUGUGCAUGUCUUACUAUUAUUAUAUUAACAGGUAUCAGCAUAAUAUCAUCAUGCGGUAUUCAACGAAUCAUCACUUUUAUACAUUCAUCUAACUCAUACCCAAAAUAUCAUCAUUCCUAUCAUAAUAGUAAUAAUAAUGCAGAGAAUACCUUGUAUUUUUGUCAGACAAGCUCAUUGUUAAUUAUCAGUGGUUUAAUAUUCUUAAUUUAUUUAAUUUAUUUAAUUGAAUCAUGGCAAUCAAGAAAUUGGAUUCGAACUACAUGGUUAGUUGAUACAAAUAUGGCAUAUAAUUUAGUACAAUAUGCACACAAAUUAAUUCCAUCUAUAUUUUGGCAAAUUAAAUGUUAUCAUUAUGCUCAUAAUACAACAACAGAACAACAUCGUCAAUUUCAAAGUAAUCAAAGAGAAAAAGAACAACAGUGUGUUAUUUCAAAUGAAAUCAAUUCAAAUAAUUCAGAUAAACAUUCAUUUGUUCAAGGUAAUUAUGAUAAUACCUUAAAUAAUUUAAAUAAACAAACUGAUCAGUCUACAAUAGAGUUUGCAAAAACUGAUGAAACAUUUUCUCCAUACUGUGAAUCAGAUAUUCAUCAGAUAAAAUGCAAACGUAUAAUAAGUAUGAAUAAAAUGUGUUCAUUUGAUGUGUCGAAAAUCGACUCUGUCUGGGAUAUGUCUGAUUAUAUUAGUAAAUUAGAAAAUUUCCAAUUGAUUGAGUUAAAUCUGACUACAUUAUUCAGUUUUUCUGAUAAACAAACCUUUUUAGAAUUUCAAAGACAAAAACAGGAUUUCUUUACAACAUAUGAAAAAUUUGAUAUUUACAUGGAAACAGAACAAAUAUGUACUUUUUCGGAUACAGUGAAAUUCCCAGAACAAAUGCUCAUAAUGCACAAAUCAUCAAAGCCACCAAUUUAUUUGAAAGGCAUAACCUAUAUAAUAGCAACGCUUUUAUUAUGCUCAUUCCCAUUACGAAUAUUUAUUUAUGCACACAAAGCUAAAUUACAUUGUAAAAUUCACAAAGUAUUUGGUCCGAAACCAUUAGAUGAAAAUGUAAACAAUUCAUUAAAAUUCAUUCCAUUAACUAAUACAAAUAAAUAUACAUCACCAUAUUUACCAGCUCCAUUCUCUGGACAUAGAAUUCCUUCAUUGUCUGAUUAUAUGACUAGAUGGAAUUAUAGAAAAACAAGACAAUUCAUGGGUCAUACUACUCAAAGUCAGACUAGCAGCACUAACAACUUCAAUUUAAAUAAUGAAGCUGUUGUAUUAUUCAAUAAAUACACGCCUCAGAAUAGUUCACGUUACAGUAGAGAUGGUAAUAAAACACAUAACAAAUUCCAUCCCACUGUAUCAUCUGAAGUGGAAUAUAAUCAAAGAUGUAACUGUAACAGAAUGAGAAAUAUUGACGGUAUUGACGGUGCCAACAAUGAUGAUGAUGAUGAUAUUGACGACCACUUUGAUGACGAUGAUGACGAAUUACUAUCGCUGGAUAUAAGAUUUGAAGAAUAUAUAAGAAAUAAAUGUGCUAACACUGAUAACAAUAAUCCAGGUAGUGACUGUUAUGACUAUGAAUUCGAUUCUGUACUGAAAAAUUCAAACUGUGAAUUGAAAACUGUGUGAUAUUUUACUUCAUUCAUUCAAGUAAAUACUUUUUGUAAAUAAA